CUUAAAAGGGAACAUUUUUCCCAAGUGGGCUUAGGCCAGAAAUAUUCACAUGCUAUUAUCAAUUUUUUCUCUCCUAUUUUCCAUUCAUAUUUAGUUAUUUAAGUUGUUUUUAUGAACUUUCUGCCAUGUCGCUUGAUUAACUAUGUCAUAAAGAAUUGACUUUCAGAAAAAAUUGUUUUGAUGCGGUCUUUUUCCCACCUUUUAUGUUCCAUUGCAAACUCCUGCCUGUAAUCCUAGAAGUAAACUGUAGAUUUUUUUUUAAACAGCAGCCUUCAAUGUUUUCUUCUGCCGAAUCCAAUUAAGACAUUAAGAGAUCCUCAUGCCCACUUGAAAAAAAUUGUCCCCGUUUAGAGGGACAUUCUCUCUUUCCGGGGACUGAUUUUGUCCUUGAAUAAAGGGACUUCUCCAAACACAAGGACAGUCUCUGAGAUGUCUUAGUUGUGAUGUGCGCCUCUACUGAAUGGUGUGGGUUCAAAUCUGUGUGCUGGCAAUUGUAUUUUUUUUCAUUCCCCAGAAAAAUGGCACUUUUAUUUUUUGGUUUGAAAUUGAUAUUACGAAUUGCAGAAUAUCUUACUUUCUUGUCAUGAUUCAUGGCAGAAUUCCAUCUCAUGAAUAGGAAUUCACAGUGACAGUGUGGGCUGCAAGCAACGUGAAAAUUUGUUGCAGUAAAAUUUUAAAUAACUGACCAACACUCACCACAUAUGUUACAUGAAGGAUGCCUUGCCAAUACAAGAGCACUGACAUAUUAGGGAUCGGUUUAUCCACUGCCUUUUCAAGUUUGAUAUUGCCUUAUAAAUACAUGUUCAUCUUUUGAUCGUUUAGCUUGAGUGAAUCUUCGAUUGUCUAGAAGACCUUGCCUUCCUCUGUUAUGAGGGUCUUCUUUCCCGACUGCAUCAUCAGUGCCAGGAGUGGUCUGUGCAUUGGUUGGAUAGAUGUUCGACUGCACACCAUCUAUGUCCUGGCUGUGGUCCACUUGCCGUUUGAUCUGCAUGAAAUACUGAGAUGGCUGCAGAUGGAGACAAUCACCAGACAGAGACCCCUGACUGUAGUCGGCUCGCUGACCCACCAGGGGGACCCAAACAGGGCCGUGAUACAGCAGCUCGGCCGGCAGGCCUCGGAGAGAUUCUGCCUAGAGCUCACGAGACCCGAUGUCUACAGCCUACCCACGUGCAUGCUGUUAGAAGAUUGCGAAGCCACAUCAGCAGACCCCGUCCUCAUCCUGUACAACCAGAGACAGAUAUCAGCAUGCUCGCUGCCAAAUAAGAGUAGUGUAAUGAGAACAUCGUCCGGCUUAAGUUCGUUUGACCCGUCCACGUAUGGGGAAAGAGGUGAUGGCACAGUCCAACCACAGAGAAUGGGUCUUCAAAUUGAAACAGUCCUGUCGGUUAUUCAAGAAGGGGUGCAGCAGUUACGUAUGUUCAAGGACUGGGACAUCUCCAUGGAUGUCAAGACUCAAGGUGGCAUAUGGUCAGUUAUCCGUGGGCUCCUUGCAUCCCUUACGUCCGUCUUGGUUUCCAUGGGAACCCUCGUCUUACUGCCAUUCCGGAGCGAGCUUUGCCACAGACUGUCAAGCAUUCCAAGUUUCCAGAGAGCACUGACGUUCACCCAGACAGGUUGUCAGAUACAGGCCAAGUACAAUCACGUACAAGACUUGCUGGAUGCGUACACCACUACUGGUGGUGAGAGGCACACAGGCAGAGGAGAACCAGUGGAACAGACCAGCUUUUCAAAAAGACUUGAAUAUCUGAGGACCUGUAACCUGUUUACAUACCUUCUGCUAGACGUGCUGCUGGGAGUGUCUCUGAUGUGCUGGAUUCAUCACAACAGCUGGCCAGAUGUCUGGGCAGAAUGGAUCAUGUCCUCGGCCAAUACAACUGCCGGGUCUCUGCAGAUGUUGCUGCAGUGGCUGAUGGGAGCCCCAGCUGGCCUGAAAUUGAACAGCGCCCUUGCUCACUUUCUGGGCCAGUUCUUCCUGUAUCAUGUCUACCUUUGGAUUGGUUAUCUGUCCGCCAUGCAGCCAGUGCUCAGCUGGGUGAUUUGGUGCAUGUCUCUGACGGGUUGUCUGGGGGUAUCUGUCAUCCUGGCCGUAGCGUGUGACAUGGUGUCCAUGCUGACCUUCCACAUCUACUGCUUCUAUGUCUAUGCCGCCAGGUGAAACACAAAAUCUCAUGUUUCUGUGUAACAACCCUUGUGUUAUUACAAAGAAAAUGUUCAUACUGGCUGCAAUGGUGUGUCCCUGAGGAAGAUAUUUUACCACAACCUCUCUGUCCAACCUACAUCAGCACAUCGAAGUUUCAAGUAAAAUUUUACUGGACCAAAGGGUGGACUGCUCUCAAGGAUUACUUUUAACGGUUUUUCCCAAAGAACAUUCCAAAAUAGGUAGAACAGAUAUGGGUAAUUCCAGAAAAUAAGGGGUCCAUUUUUGGUGAGCUGCGAAGCAAGUGCGAGCCUAUGUAGGAGGAUCAUGGAGACAAGGUACAUGUAUGUAGAAAGUGAAUGAAAUGCUGGAUAAGGUUUGCAUAAUGGUUGGGCUUGAUGGGACAGCAAGACUACGGAGUGAAGGGAAUGGUGGGGAGGGAGCAGAG